UGACAUGCGCAGUGCGCGCAACUAAAGUCGGUCAUUCCGUAGGACGGACUAAUUGACGCGGUAGUAGUGAAACCGGUAGGAACUCUGUCGGUAUCGUAUCUAUAACAUGUAUAUGAAUCAGCGCUUCAGAUCUGAUUGGAUUCGCCGUGAGAUCUGACCUACACCUGAACUCUCCACUAACUUCAGACACAAGUGACUCUAAACUCGUCUGAAGUUUGAAACAGUUCGAGGCUGAGUCGCGUGCAUCUGUUUUGUUUUUAGUAUCAUUGUUUUAAUACUAGUGACUUUGUCAAUGCGUUUGGUUGCGUUCAGCUUGUCGCCACUCAACUGAUUCCUCCGGACGUCGAGGUGAUAUUAUUUACCAGCGAUGGCAGACGUGGUGGUCAGGCCUGCUUCCCCCUCACCCUCCUCCUCUCUCCUGGAGAUCAAAGCGGAGACGCGGCUGGUGCUGAAGUCUUUUCUGCGUCACUCUCUGUCGAUUCCUCCUGGAGAGAGGCCUGGAAGGAUAGGAGGAGAGUACAACGACCCAAACAAAUACAGUGCCUCAACAAAAGACAAAUUGAAGAAAGAUGCAAAUGGAUGGGACUCUUUGGAUGAUGAGAUCAGUGCAGCAGAGGAAAAGAAACAUGGAAUUAAAAACUUAAUAAAAAGAAGACUGAGAUCCCGUUCAUCUAUGAUCCGCCGUGCUAAGAAAGACAGCAGUUCUGACCCGACUCCAAACAGCAGCCUGGAGAAGCAGAGUCAGCCGGGCCAGUCUGACAAGCCAUCAACAAAUGGAACACGCAGUUUACCCAGAAAAACAGAGGAAGAGAUAUUUGCACCAUCUUCUGCAUCUGAAGAGGAAGGUGACAGAAAAUCAGGGGACAAAAAUAAGAAAAAGAAGAAGAAACUGAAGAUAUCUGAUAUACUCAAAAAAGUGUCAUUCAAAAAAGAAGAGCCUCGUCCUCCACGCCCAACCUCUCUGCCUUUCAGAGUUGUUGCAGAUGUUCCACAACCUGAGGAUCAUUCUGUUUCACCAUCCCAUCCACCUGAGUUUUAUGACGGUGUAGCAGAAACUCUGGACAGAAUUGCACAGAAACACACUGUGAAAAAGAAAUCACCUGUUAAACCAGAGCCUGCGCCAAGUGCACUUAAAGACAAUGACAAAGAGGCUGUGGUUCAACAGCUAGUUCAGAUAUUGACUUCAGAGGGGGAUGUCAUAAACGGGAAGAUAAAUGCCAGUCCCUUCCUGCGGUCCACCCUCACACGCCUCUCCUACCCAUCCUUUGCCAAACUCCUUGACAUGUACGCUAGUCAGAGUGAAGAGCCCCCCGCUCCGGCUCCGGUCAGCCCUACGCUGCGGCGUCUCGCCAUCACCAUGGAUGUGUCUCGACGAGUGGUCACGGCCACUGGAGUUCAGCGUCUGACGGGGUAUGCUGAACGCUACAUGGAGAGCUUUGCACCAUGGGUGAGGAGUCAUGGAGGAUGGGGGAACAUUGCACAAUUGGAUGAGGUUCUGGAGUGUGAUUGACCUCAGUCAUUGACCUUACGGUAGAUCUGUUCAUUAUGAACUCUGGAUCAUGUAGCAUGACCUCUGUGAGGAAACGAAGUACAAGAACCAGCCGGCUGGGCAACUGACACUACUUGAUUAUAUGGUUUCUCUGCUGAUGUAUUUAUUCUUUUGUAUUUUGGAUGUUUUUCAUUUUUUUUAUGUGACUUUUAUACCAAAAUACAUGAUUUCAAUCAUC